AUGGAAGCUAUUACACAACUCAAAAAAUUUAUGUAUGUCAUUUCAUAUUAUAAAUGCAAGUGGUCAUCAUUUUAAUGUAAAAAGCUUUCACAAGUAUAUGAUCAACAAUGACAUCUCAGAUAUUGAAACAUUGAUCAAAUUUUGUUAAUUAGACAAUACUGGAUAGAGAUUCAAUUUAUGGAGAUUGUUUUUUAAGUAUUAUAUAAUAACAACAUAGAAUCUACUCUUUAGAAGAUACAGUCUAUGAAAAGAUAGGUAAGUUAACAAAAACAAGAGAUACAUAUAAAUAAUUAGAACAAAAGUAUUCAAGAUCUUAAGAUGUGAUAUCAACAACUAAAAUUGAAGAAUAAUCUAAAAAAGGACCAUUAGGUGGUCCAUUAGGAGGACCAUUAGGUGGUGGAUCAAAAAUAAAGACAGCAACAUAAAAUCCAAUGGAAGAUGCUGAAUUAAGAAAUGAAAUAAGAAAGGAUGUUGAAAGAACAUAUUAAGAAAUUUAAUUUUUUGCUAAUAAAAAAAUAUUGCAAAUUCUGACUAGUGUUUUAUUUAUAUGGAGCAAAGAAAACAGUGAAAUUUCAUAUAGAUAAGGUAUGAAUGAAGUUGCAGCUUCUUUGAUUCAUGUUUAUUUCCAAGAAGCUCUUUAUUCAGAUGAGAUUGAUAAGAUACAAGGGGUAUGAAUUUAUAUAUAAUGAAGGCAACAGAGGAAGAUAAACAAAUAUUACUAGAAUUUAAUUCAUGGGAAUAUGCUGAGGCUGAUAUAUACACACUAUUUUAGAAGUUAAUGAAUGAUGCAUAACAUAUGGAAAUGUUCAGACCAAAUUAUACUGAGGCUUAAAAGAUCAAAUUAUAAAGUAAGAAGCCAAGUGCCAUUUUAACAAGAGUAUCCAAAAUAUAAGAUAUUCUAUUAAAAUAAGUUGAGAUGCCUUUAUUUAGACAUCUUAAAUUGUUAUAAGUAGAAUUCCAAAUAUUUUUAUUAAAAUGGAUUAGGUAUUAAAAUAUAAUAAAUUAAAAUAGAUGUAUGUUUACAAGAGAAUUACAUUUAAUAGAAUCAUUUAAAGCAUGGGAUGCAAUCUUCUAUGAUUUUUAUGAAUAAAAAACAGAAACUUUGUUCUUUGUUGAUUGUAUAGCAAUUGCAAUGAUAUUAUAUGUUAAAUAGCCAAGUAAUUAAUAUUUUUAUAUAAUAGUAAUGGAAAUGGAAGAUUCAAGUUAAUGUUAUUAAAGAUUUCUAAAAUAUCCACCAGUUUCUAAUUUACCAGCUCUUCUUGAGUCUGCAAUCAAUAUUAGAGCUAUCUUAUUGAAUCAAAAGUCUGCAACUAAUUUAGAUGAUCAAAAUGAAUCAAAUUAACCAUCUAUAUAUUCAGAUAAACAAUUCAAUCCUGUUUUUUUUGCUUAAAUUACAGAUAAAGUCGAUGGAGUAGAUGCUAAGGUUGUAAAGAUUACAUCUGAAAAACCAUAAUUUAGAACGAAAGGUGAUGUAGAUCUAGUCUACAAAGAUGAAACCUCUCCAGAUAAAUCAAAUUAAUCUUAGUAAUAAUUUAUAAAUCCAUUACAACCAAAAUAAAUAUCUCAGCAAUAAAAACCAUAAUAAUAAUAAUAAUAAUAAUAAUAAUAAUAAUAAUAAUAACCAACAUCUUAAACAAUUUAAAGUAGUAAUUCAUCUUCAAUUACUACAAAUUUCUUCGAUUCUAGUUUAUCUAGUACAAAUACUAAAACAAUUAAAACAUAAUUUUAAGUAGAAGAAUAAACAUAAUAAGUAAAAAAAGAUAAAGCAUCAAUUCCAAUGAAGAAUAAUAUUUAGAUUCCAAUUUAAUAGGCUGAAGAGAUGUUUAACACUUUAGAAGAUGCUCUAAAGUUCAUGAAAUAAUUUAAAGAUCAGUAUUAUUAUAUUAUUAUUAUAGUUCAAACUAUUAGGAUUUAAUAAGGAAUUUGACAGAAAUGAAAGACAUUUUUGAAACUUCGCUUAAGUACUAUUGUAAAUUAAUAUUUUAGUGAGAAUUCAUUAACUUAAAGACAAUAAUAAUAAAAUCAAUAAGAUGAUAAUGGUAUCUCUGGUAAAGUGGCAGGAUUCCUAAAGAAAAAAUGGUGA